AUGGACUCGCCUGCAAGCUCUGAGCAUCCCCCCCUCAAGUCAGAGCUCGUCCUCCCCGGCUUCAAGGAGGUCUUCACACCGUCGAGGCGGCACAGCUGGGCAUCGUGCCAGACCGACUCCCCGUACACCGCAGGCGCAGGCUCCAUUGGUGCGAGCUCCAAGCUUAACUCGCUCGUGCUCUCCGAACAAUACUCUCUGUCGCCCGAUCCACGAGAAUGGGGGUUUGAUUUAUCACCUCACUUAGAGGAGCCGGACGACGCGCUACAUAAUCCGGACGCCAAGAUGGACAGGCCAGAGGACAGAUUCAAAGACCCGUGCUCGAGGGGGGUUCUCAAUCUGGGAUGCUUAGUACUUCUCGGCUUGUUCUUCGUUGCCCUAUUCAUUGGAUACCCAGUUGGUGCAUAUGUAGCGCAACACCGUCCGAAAUUCUACGGUUACAACAUUGGAGGCAUAAACUCGACAGGGCAGGUUCCUGCUAUGGGAAACUUUGGGCUCAUCGACCAGGACACGCCGAGGGAUGCACUUAAACAUACUUCAUGGAGGAAUCCAGGCGAUGAAUGGAGUCUGGUCUUCAGUGACGAAUUUAACACCGAAGGACGGUCAUUCUACCCCGGCGACGAUCCAUAUUGGGAGGCUGUUGACCUUCAUUAUUGGGCAACUAACAAUCUGGAGUGGUAUGAUCCCGAAGCAGUCUACACAAAAGAUGGCUACCUUAUGAUCAAGUUCUCGGAACUGCUCAACCACGACUUACAAUACCAGGGUGGUCUAAUAUCGACUUGGAAUAAAUUUUGCUUCACUGGGGGUUUAAUUGAGACCUCGGUUUCUCUCCCAGGGGUCAGCAACGUAAUGGGUCUCUGGCCGGCGGUUUGGACUAUGGGUAAGGGCACAUUGUUCUUUGGAGCUUCUAAUAUUGAAGCUAUUUUGACACUAGGUAAUCUCGGCAGAGCUGGAUAUGGAGCAACCUUGGAUGGACUGUGGCCGUAUACCUAUGACGCUUGUGAUGUUGGCACCAUGCCAAACCAAACUCGCGACGGUCUCCCUCAAGCGGCACUUAUCAACGGUGAUCAUGGCCACAACGAUAUUCUAUCUUUCCUACCCGGUCAGCGGCUGUCUCGCUGUACUUGCGAGGGAGAAAGCCACCCUGGGCCAAAGCACGAAGAUGGAACGUAUGUUGGCCGGUCAGCUCCAGAAAUCGACGUAUUUGAAGCCCAGAUGAGUGGGCAACCUCUAAGCGGCGAGGUAUCUCAGUCUGCUCAAUGGGCCCCAUUCAAUGCCGGAUAUGUCUGGAAGAACGACUCAAAAAACAUGAUAUUUGGCGAUCAUUCCAUAACAAGGCAAAACUCUUUCACUGGAAGCAUCACACAACAGGCUACCUCCGUUGUCACAAAGACGGACCCAAAUUGUUACGAACUAGAGCAGGGGUGUUUCUCAAUUUAUGCGUUUGAGUACAUUCUUUGGGUCUCGAACAAUAAAAUGUCCUGGACUCUGAAUGUGCAAGGCCUAGGACCUGAUCCGGCGGUGGAAAUAUCUGCACGGCCUGUACCUCAAGAGCCUAUGUACAUACUGGUCAAUCUCGGGAUGUCGGAGAACUUUGGAGUAGUCGACGUUGCUCAUCUAACAUUUCCGGUUCACAUGCGCGUCGACUACAUCAGAGUAUAUCAACCGAAGGAUGCGAUCAAUAUUGGAUGCUCUCCCCGCGAUUUCCCAACAGAAGCCUAUAUCAACCGAUACAUCGAAGCGUAUACGAAUCCAAAUUUGACGACGUGGACCGGAGACUACCAGCAGCCUUGGCCAAAGAACUCAUUCGCAGGACAAUGCUGA